GCCGAGUUGUCCGAGAGACUCCGAAAAGAUCGGCGGACUGCCUGUAGAAUUCGGUGUGGAUUGAGAUGUCGGAUAUCGGCAGCGGUGACGAGGGAAUUUCUAGUCAGAAAUAUCAUGGUCAAGGAAUGGACGCGGGAGGGAGUAAUUUUGACUCCGGUCAGCAGCAACAGGAGCAGGAGCUGGCGACGAAGAUGCUGCAGAUCCAGUCCAAACGCUUCUACCUUGACGUGAAGCAGAACCGGCGGGGGCGGUUCAUCAAAGUUGCAGAGAUCGGCGCAGACGGGCGCCGCAGUCAGAUCUUCCUGGCGAUGUCGACGGCGGCGGAGUUCCGCGACCACCUGUCUGCAUUCAGCGACUACUACUCAUCCCUCGGCCCGCCCAACCCCGACAACGUGCCCGACGACGGCAAGCUCAAGUCAGAAAUGAUGCUCAAGGACAACCGGCGGUACUACCUGGACCUGAAGGAGAACUCCCGCGGCCGGUUCCUGCGCGUGUCCCAGACCAUCACCCGCGGCGGGCCGCGCUCGCAGGUGGCGCUGCCGGCGCAGGGCAUGAUCGAGUUCCGCGACGCCCUCACCGACCUGCUGGACGACUUCGGAACGGAAGACGGCGGGUUUGUUUUCAAGGGCGAGCUGCCGGAGGGGCGCCACCUGCGCGUCGACAACAAGAACUUCUACUUCGACAUCGGACAGAACAACCGCGGCAUCUACAUGAAAGUGUCUGAGGUAGCACAAGUGAAGAGCAACUUCCGCACCGCCAUCACCGUCCCGGAGAAGUGCUGGACCCGCUUCCGGGACAUCCUGGCCGACUACUGCGACAAGAUGUGUCGCGCGCAGGGCGCCUCGCCGGACCAUCAUCAGGGCGGGUCUGGCGGCGGCGGGGCGGGCGGCGGCCGCGGCGGCAGCUCACAGCCCUCAAGAGAUAUAGAUACCUUCAGUGGCAGUGCGCCGGACCGGAUUUGAUGCGAAUGGCGCGCCCUCUACUGAACAUCGGCCUCCGCCACACAUCGGACCGCCAACACCAACUAUACUAGACACUAAUAAUACAAUAAUUACUAUCAUAAUAAUAACAAUACUGCCCGUACCGACCUCUAGGACGCCUUCGUAACGCUCUCAAACUUAAAUAACUGUCAUUUUAUAACUCAAAAUUACCUUUAAUUUAUUUCACGCCAGUUUUUGACAGUUCGGAAUUUGAAAACGAAUAAAAGAUAUAAGCUGUCUAUAUCUCCCGUCAGGUGUCGCUACUGUUAAGAGUUCUUUUUGACAGUUCCCCAUACUAUUUGAGUGUAGAAACAUAUUGUUUUGGUUAUAUUUUUACACUGUAACCCUUUACGCGGCGUUUAACUGCAAAUUCAUCCUAAAGAUCGAAAAGAAGAAAACUUAUUUUCAAUCAUACAUAACAUAAACAGCCUAUAUACGUCCCACAGCUGGGCACAGGCCUCCCCUCAAACAACCGGAGGGGGUAUGGAGCAUACUCCACCACGCUGCUCCAAUGCGGGUUGGUGGAGGUGUUUUUACGGCUAAUAGCCGGGACCAACGGCUUAACGUGCCCUCCGAAGCACGGAAUCAUCUUACUUUUUCGGACAAUCAGGUGAUUCAAGCCUGAAAAGUCCUUACCAAACAAAGGACAGUCUCACAAAGUGAUUUCGACAAUGUCCCCAUCGGGAAUCGAACCCGGACCUCCAGAUCGUGAGCCUAACGCUCUAACCACUAGACCACGGAGGCUGAAGAUACUAGAUAAGGAAAUACUCUAUUAUUACACAUUUUUACUCCGAGUUUGAAGCUCCAAUUUCGCUAUUUGGUGCUUGAAUAGUUGUUCGAUUGUAUAAAUUCACAUAAUUCGUUGUUAAUGUAAGUUAGGCGUACACAUUAGAAUAUAGAUGUUAGAUAGAGAACAAAUUGAAAAGCAUUAUUCUAUUAUAUUUUUGUCUUAGUUUCAAAGACCUCUUACACAGAGAAAUACGCAUAAAUUACAACAGUUAUAACGUUAUAAUCAACAUGGCGUCGUGAUAACCGCAGUGACAGUUGAUACAAAAACAGCGUUAUAACUUCGUUAUAACUUUGGGAGCGCUACGAUUGGCAUUAAAAUUAUUAAUAAAUUGUUAAUAAUAAUUAUUAAUAAAUUAUUAAUUGCUCGCGUCGGUACCGGUGGCACAUUCGGAUCUUGUUAAGUUUCAGCUACGUCUUGUGUAUAUAGUAUUUUGUAUUCAUAUAAACUAGCACACGGCGGGGGCGAGUUGUGUCGAUGAAAUAUCGAAGGUCGAUUGAAUUUAAUUCAAAAUAUCAUAAAUAACAGUUUUCAAUGCGCGUCUGGCGAACUUCUCACGGUUGAAAACCGUCGAAUAUAUUCGAUAAAGUUCGUGUAUUUACUGACGCAAUACAAAGUUUUCUCGAAUGCUUUCAAAAUUUCGUUACACUUCGAAAGCCUUCAUAACAUACCACCUUGAACAGACGAUAUCGUGAAUAAGUAAUAUCCGUCGCCAAUCUAUUGCGUCUUCGCAAAGGUUCGUGCAAAUUCGUAAACGUUCGUGCAUCUUCGGAAAUCUUCGUGUGUCUUCGUAAACGUUCGUGCGACUGGCCCCCGCCGGUUGCUGCCGCGCCUGUGUUGGCGUGACCUUAUAGCUGUAAGGUAUUGUGAUAAAACGUUUGAGCUUUAUUGUUUCUUUACGUAAAUUCAUUUCUAAGUAAUACACUAUACGGUUUUACCCGCGCUAUCGUGACGCGUAGUUUAAAAAGCAGAUUUUUGACGAAGAAAGCCGUUAACAAUGUUCUAGCACGCGUAUUCUCGCGUGACUCGUGUCCAAUAAGCAAUCGUUAUACCUACAAUCCUUUCACUAAAGAUGCUUUUUAAACCAUGUUGGCAGAAUAGCACCGGCAACUCAAAGAUGGCGCGCUUAAAACUAUAUAUUGCCUCAAUUUGGGCGCAAAACGAACUGUCAAAUAAUAAAUUUGAGGUUAUGUUCGUUUAGCUUGACAUUUCAAGUUUUUCUAAAGGUGUCUCUGGGUUGCCAUCCAUGAAAAUUUUGCCCGACACGCAUUGAACCUAGCGGAGUCGAAAAGUGGAGUAUUGAUAAAAUUAGCGCUUCAUUUUCUUACCUGUAAGGGGCAUAGUGUGACUAUAAGGUUAAGAAAUUCAAACUAAUUGUACUUUAGAAGACAAUAGCGCAGAUUGUGUUGUAACGCAAAUGAUAGAAUAAAAAUGUAUGAUAAAUAAGGUAAUGUCAUAGGAUAGCGCGGGAUAACCGCGAUAUAGUCACGGUACUAAUGUUUGCGGUAAGACAGGUUGUCUCGGUUGGCGGGGCGUGGGACUGGGAUCCCACGCGCGGGACACUUCAACAUUCACACUUUCGUGGCCUUUUAAUCUAAAUUAUAAAACGCCGCCGCGGCGACGAGUCACAUCAGAAGCGAAAAUAUCGCCUUCUCGCUCGCACCAGCUAUUGUCUCCGAGAGAGAGCGAGACGACUAUAGUUUUACACUUGAUUGUGAUCGAAUGUGACUCGUGGACGUGGCCAGCGCCUCUUGAAGAGGUUUAAAAAUUCUUUUUCAGAAAAAACUAACUCUAGGCUUGAAGCUUUACUUUUUAAAUUAUCAUUCUUAAAUUGAAAGUUUUAAUUUUUUUUCGUGUAAAUAGUUUGGCGCGGCGACAUGAGUUGAAUCGAAUGAUGUUGAAAUGGAAUUAUAAUUCCAGAAUAAGUUUUUUUUUUGUUAAUUUGUAUGAUAUUAGGCGUCCGGGCGAUGGACUGUUUACAUUUAGGCAACUUCGAGGCAUUCGAGAUAAUUAAUUCGAAAAAUUAAUCUCUUGAGAAAAAGUAAAAAAAUAUCAUUAAAAAAACAUGUCGGAGCGAAUCCCUGACGCGGUCAUCUCAUAACAACAUAAUAAAAGAAUUGAGAAAAAACGUUGAAUGUAAAAUGCCACUUAUCUAGUUAGUAGGUGUAUGUGUUUUUUUCUUAAUAUUGAUUAUUUAAUUAUAGUGUUUUUGUCUGUUUACACUGAGAUACAUACGGCAGGCACGAAUGUGUGCGAAGGAGAUAGUUGCGAGGGAAACCAUUAGCUUUCUCGACAUAAAAAAUCUAUCUAAACGGUAUUUUUUCCAAUUAAAUAGUAACACCGUAUUUUAGAAAAUCUGACGCCAUUUUCUUAUUGGAUGUUUUGACGUACACACUAUUCAACAUGGCGUCUUUUCGUAUACCGGGAAAUUAAUUAAUGAAAUCCGUUUAUUUUUUUAAUUUUCAUACCAUUUAGAAAAAAAUUAAUGGUAGUGGUUUCGUCGCAGCCACCUCCGACUACAUCAUACACACCGGGUGUUUACAGGGCGCGCUACACCGGCCGCUGUGGCGUGCGCUUCGCUCCUUACAGUGUUGCCAUCACAAAAUUAAAAAAAAACAUCAGAGAUUAAAAACAUCUUAAAUUAUACACACAAUUUUUCGAGAUCUUAAUUGAAGGAAUGAAAUAAAUAGCAACACUGUCUAGUACAUUAGAGGGAAGCCAAGCCACAGCGGCCACACUCGAAUCAUUAGAUAAGUACCGCACUGCUGUGAUAUACUCGUAGGCGUACGAACCGACGGAAUUGAAAUGGUGUUCGUAUGCCGCGGACGAGGCCGCAGCCGCUAACACGUUAAUUUGGUAGCUUAAUAAUUGAUAUUAAUCGUAGGCAACACCAUGACUUUGACAAUUAAAAUUUAAAAGCUUCCGUUAAACGGAAAUAGCUUUUUUAAAAUCGCUUUAUGACGUCAUACGUCUUUUUUAAUUAUUCGAAAUUCAAAAUUUGAAUGUAAAAAUUGUGGGUAGGGAAGAGAAUGCGUGGACCAAUCUUGUAACGCUCGGCUAUCGCGUGAUUUUGAGAGCCGUUCAUUGGUUGAUACGCGACCAAUGAGAGCGUAGUAUUACAGGUCAACGACUUAUAGGUCGAUGACCUGAAAGAUUUGACUUGACCGUUAACGGAUCACUGCCAUGUAAAAGACAAAUUGUGAGAAUUGUGUCUGUCCUUGACUUACGCGUUGUUUCCACCUGAGAGCGGCUGCGGUUCGUCCAGCGGAGGAUAGGUUAAGUUCGGUUAUGUAAGCACCCUGUGUUAUUUUACUCUGUGGGAUGUCACUGGACUGAAGUUAGACACAAAGGGCAGCCAUUUUGAAGAAUUCACUCGAACUUCAGGGCUAUGACUUUUUUAAAAUAGAAGGAAUCAUUCAAAAGGAGAGUUAAUUUAUUAAUUUAUAGUCAAAUCAAAAUUAUGAAUUACUGAUCUUCUACAUGCAUUAUUUUAUAUUUUUUAAUGCAACCAAGGUUGUUAUAAAUUAUUUAUUAGUAUCAUCAAAAUUCCCAGGUGCAUAGUCCAAUGAUAUUCUAUCAGAGGUAUAAGUGUGUGAGUGCAUAUUAUGUAUAUAUAUAGUGUGUGGGUGUGUGCAGGCGCGGUGUGUGCCUUGAGGCGGAGGCGCGGCGAGGUUGCCAAUUGUAAAUAAUGGUAACAUUUGGUAGAAAUUAAAUGCCUAAAAUGGCAACACUGAUCGCUUUAUUCUUGCAAUGUUUUUUGACAGUUUUGUAUAUUGGUCUUAUGAAUUAAAGGAAUUAUUUUUGGCCACAAUUUGUGUCGCGAUUUCUGAAUGAAUUUGAAUGUAGUGUUUUAUCUGUUUCUUUAUCGAUUAAGUAAACCAAGCGAUAUGAUCACUCGCCGCGCCUACCUCCGCAUAACUAAUGUAUUUAAUGCAUUUUGUUUUAAUACAAGUUUAACUAGCCGCAUCCCCCGGUUUUCCUCUUGCAUGGUAGCUUGCGGCGACACGUCGCCAUUGCUCUGUUCCUCCGCUUUAUACUCUGUGACGUCAUCUUUCAACAUUUGACACAUCGCGCCACAGAUUAUAUCUACGCAAACCACAGUAUAAAAAUGAUACAUGUAUUAUAUUAUUCCGAGUCAAACUAGCGAUAGAUGUUUUUAAAUAUUGUGUUACUAAAAUACUAGGGUAAUAUUUUUUUUAACGUUUAACAAUAUAUUUUAUUUCCGGCGUUCCUCAGCUUUUCGCUUUCGGACCAACUUCCCAUUGCAAUAAUCAAGGCUGGCCACAGUGUAGCGAGUCGCGGACUGGGGGCCGGCCGGCCGGCUUUGCCAGUGACCCAUUGUGAACUGAUUUACUUAGACUACGGUCUCACGUCGUGACGACGCGCUGGUGAGGUUGCAAGCGGCAUUUC